AUGGCAGCCUACGCCUCCGUAAAUGCGAUCACUGACAGUAGUCUCAGUCCUCUGCCUCAAUAUAUAAACGUUCGCGAGCAGCGUUCAGCUUGGUACACCAUGCAAUCUCCGGUGGUGCUUUUCUGGCUGUUAGGACUGACUGUUUUAGCGGCUUCCCUUCAGCCGCAGGACGCAACACACCUCGAUCAGCUGGUGGACGAGCUGAGCACCUCGACAGCGGAGGAUGAAGAACCCCAGCUGCACAGAGAGGAGGUCCUGGCUCCAGCCCGGAUUUCGCUGAGGCCACUUGGGCGUUUCGCCGGUCGCGCCAUUAGAGCGGGUGCGCGAGCGGUCGGACGGGUUGCAAGGAAGGUCUGGUCGGGUGCCAAGAGGGUCGGCAGAGCCGUGUGGCGCCAAGUCAGCAUCCCGCUGCAGUGGCCGAAGAAGAAGGACAAGAAGAAGAGGAGAUGA